AUGCCCACUGAAUCUGAGGAAGAGCGGGCUCUUCAAAUCGCGCAAAAAGCCGAAUCAAGCAUAACAGCAGGUGAAUUGGCUGCUGCAGUGCGAUAUUUGCGUGAAGCUAGUAGCAUUGCACCAGAACACCCACAGAUCAAAGCAGCAUGGGCCAAAGUACGCGAAGAAGAGGACAAGAGCGAGCUACUCACGAUUUGCAAAGUCUGGGUCAAGAGUCAGGAUGAGCACGACGGCGAAAGAGCUCUGAUGACAAUACGAAAACAGGGUCUCAAGCAGAAAGAGGCGGAACAAGCAAUGGAAAUUCUAUUCGAGUCCAAAGGCGAAGAUGAUGUUCUCGAUCAAGUCACGGGAGAAUUACUGCAGAACCAAGGUGCGCAGAUGUGGCUGGCGAAUGCGGUACGAGAGCAACCGACAAGGAUUUACUAUGAAAUGUUUGAGCGGGGCGACGAUUCCAUCGAUGGGUUGCUCAAGGUGCUGCUCAACCGAGGCGUGUGGCCAGACGACGAAAGUUUCAAGACAGGACAUAGAGACAUAUUCAUGCUGAGUCUAGCAAUGAUGAUGGAAGAAGCGCUCGAGCACCCAGAACGCGCUAUGAAGGGCAUUGCGCAGCUACUUGCUCAUUACGCGGAGCAUCUCAAAGGAAUCAUCGAUGCGGACAGUUUCGAUGUUAUCCUCGCGUCGCUGGAUAUCCGACUGCCGGCCAAUCUAAGGAGUCAAGCGACGCUAGCAAGUAUCAAGUUGUUUGAGUUAUGUCCAGAUACGGCCGGAGAGCUCAUCUCGAAGUUUGUGACACAGAAGGUGAAGAAGGGCGAGGCAAACGACUUGGUGAUUGCAUUUUCAGCAGCUGCGGCAAUUUUCCCUGUAGCGAUCACGGCUGCCGCAACAUUGUUCCUGGCAGAGGGGUUCGUCCAGAGCCUUGCACCAGUAGUGCAGAAGAAGAAGUCGGCGAAGUUGGAGCAGGCCGCGCUUGAGCUUAUCAGCGCGGCAUGCACAGAUAAGAAUUGCAGGGAUGCCAUCAAUCUGCAUUGCAGAGAGUGGCUGGAGGAUCUUGUUGCAGGAAGCCAGGACAAGAAGCGUGCAAACCUCGCUGCACUUAUUCUUGUCAAGUUGGGAGAAGAGCAACCGUCUGGCGAAGGUCCACAGAUUGCCACACCAGGUAAGGUCGAUCAAGGCGAUCUGAUCGCAAGCUUCAAGUCCAUGGUCAUUGGUGGUGAUACUUCAUCAAACCAAGACUCAAUCGAAGGACUAGCGUACGCCUCGCUUCAACCUAAGGUCAGAGAGGAUUUGUCCAAGUCUCCCAAGUUUCUCAAACGACUGAUCGAAACCAUGAGUGAUUCCUCAUCUCCAAAAAGCAUUCUCUUCGGAGGUCUUACCAUCUUCGUCAAUAUCACCACGUACUUGCCUCUCCAAUCGGAAGAGGAGAAGCGAAUGGCCCAAUUGAAAGAUUACGCAAACGCUAAAGUCAACAAGACGCAAAAGCCUUCAGACCCAGACCCUCUUCUCGAAGAUGCAAAUGUCAGUAUACGCUGUAAACGCGUUCUUGACGCUAACAUUGUGCCUCUCCUCACACUAAUCUGCAAACGCGCAUCACCCUCUGUCCACACACAGUCAAGCCAGAUUCUGCUGUCUCUCAGCAAGGAACCCAAGAAUCGCGGGACAAUGGCGCAACAAGGCGCCAUAAAGCUCCUGAUCCAAAUCUGGGAUCACAUUUCCACGACUGCCUCAAAUUCGACAACAGGAACAACUCCUUACCCACCCACUGCCCUCCCCACAACCGCCCAAGCUCUCUCACGCCUCCUAAUCAGCAUAAAUCCAUCUCACAUCUUCAAUGCUGCUCUCCCACCUACAUCUGCCAUUCGCCCCCUCCUAAGCCAGCUCGCUCGGACCGAAAACUCAGCAUGGCAACUUCACGCUUUCGAGUCCCUACUUGCUCUCACAAAUCUCGCAUCGCUGGACCGCAACACACAAGACCACAUCAUUCGUUCCGCCUUCGACACUGUUGUUGAUGACCUCCUGCUCAGCCAAAACGCAAUGAUUCGCCGUGCUUCCACAGAGCUCCUCUGCAACCUCAUGGCUUCACCAGUGUGUAUUGGUAAUUUUGCAGAUACAUCUGAACCCCGCUCCAAACACCGUUUACAUGUUCUUCUCGCCAUGACAGAUGUCGACGACGCUGCAACACGUUCUGCAGCUGGUGGUGCGCUCGCAAUGCUCCUUUCGGUCGAUUUAGCUGUGGAGGCGUUUUUGCAGCAACUAAAGAAUGUAGAGUGGCUAUUGGGUCUUUGCCAGGAUGAAGAUGAGGGUGUUAGACAUCGCGGUGUAGUUUGCCUGAGGAGUGUGGUCGAGGUGGAAAAAGGAGCGACAGUCUGUAAAGAAAAAGGGGUGGUGGAAGCGUUGAGAGUGGUUCUAAAGGAAACGCGGAAUCCCGAAGUUUUAAGUGUCGGCGUCGAGACGUUGAAGAUGUUAUUAGGCCAGGAAUGA